AUGAUGGCGGCGACAACGGCGACUCGGGUGCGAGCGGGGACGCGGCGGGCCCCAGUGCUCUGCCAGAUGCCAUGGCUGCCGCUGAUGCUGGUGGCGGCGGCGGCGGCGGCGGCGGCGGCGUCGGAGCAGCAGGUGCCGCUGGUGCUGUGGUCGAGUGACCGAGGCCUGUGGGCUCCUGCGGCCGACACCCACGAGGGCCAUAUCACCAGCGACAUGCAGCUCUCCACCUACUUAGACCCCGCCGUGGAGCUGGGACCCCGAAAUGUGCUGCUGUUCCUGCAGGACAAGCUGAGCAUUGAGGACUUCACAGCAUAUGGUGGCGUGUUUGGAAACAAGCAAGACAGCGCCUUUUCUAACCUGGAGAAUGCCCUGGACCUGGCCCCCUCCUCUCUGGUGCUUCCUGCCGUUGACUGGUAUGCAGUCAGCACUCUGACCACUUACCUGCAGGAGAAGCUCGGGGCCAGCCCCCUGCAUGUGGACUUGGCCACUCUCCGGGAACUGAAGCUCAACGCCAGCAUCCCGGCCUUGCUGCUCAUCCGCCUGCCCUACACAGCCAGCUCGGGUCUGAUGGCACCGAAGGAAGUCCUCACGGGCAAUGAUGAGGUCAUUGGGCAGGUGCUGAGCACACUCAAGUCAGAAGACAUCCCCUACACGGCAGGCCUUACGGCGGUCCGCCCUUCUAGGGUGGCCCGCGAUGUAGCCAUGGUGACUGGGGGGCUAGGUCGCCAGCUGUUGCAGAGAACGGUGGCACCACCUGCGAUCAAUGCCCCCGUAAGUUACAAUGACACUGCCCCCCGGAUCCUCUUCUGGGCUCAAAACUUCUCAGUGGCAUACGGGGAGCAUUGGGAGGACCUGACCUCCCGCACCUUUGGGGUCCAGGACCUCAACCUGACUGGCUCCUCCUGGAACGACUCCAUUGCCAGGCUGGUGCUGACCUAUGACUCACUCUUUGGGACCAUGGUGACAUUCAAGUUCACGCUGGCUAACCGCUUCUACCCGGUGUCUGCCCGGCACUGGUUUACCUUGGAGAACCUGGAAAUCCACAGCAAUGGCUCCGUCGCCUACUUCAAUGCCUCCCAGGUCACGGGGCCCAGUAUUUAUUCCUUCCACUGCGAGCAUGUCAGCAGUGAAAACAAGGAUGGCAACCUCCUUGUGCCUGACACGCAGCCUUCUCUUUGGCAGAUGACUUUUCGGGACUUCCAGAUCCAGGCCUUCAACGUGACAGGUGAGCAGUUCUCCUAUGCUAGCGACUGUGCAGGCUUCUUCUCCCCGGGUAUCUGGAUGGGGUUGCUCACCUCCCUGUUCAUGCUGUUCAUCUUCACCUACGGCCUGCACAUGAUCCUCAGCCUCAAGACCAUGGACCGCUUCGAUGACCACAAGGGCCCCACCAUUGUUUUGACCCAGAUUGUGUGA